ACUCUCAGUCUGUUCGUCCAGAAACCGCGAGGACUAAUGGGGAUUGUUUCACUCUGCCUUGUCCUUACUUCUGGCUCGACUCUGUCGGAGGGACGUGUUCUCAGAUAAGUGCUCUCUCUUGUGACGACUGUCUGCAGCUCGGGCCGCAGUGUGCUUGGUGCACACUACAGAAUUUCACAGAUUUUUUCCCAAUUGACGAGAGGUGUGACACACCGGAGGCUCUUCUUCAGAAGGGAUGCUCUGGCGAAUUUGUGGAAUUUCCCAUCACGAACGUCAAAGUGCUGAAGGAUCAAGGUUUAGGAAAGAGCUCCGGCCACACCAAUGUGUCAUACAUCGCACCGCAGAAGAUGCGCCUCCAGCUUAGACCAGGAAAUCAGCUGACUUUUCAGAUUCAAGUGCAGCAACCGGAGGACCAUCCGGUGGACAUUUAUUACCUGAUGGACUUGUCGGCGUCCAUGUUUGAUGAUCUAAAAAUGAUCAAAGACUUGGGUUCGACGCUCAAAGAGAUGGCUAAUCUUACCAGUAAAUUUAGACUAGGAUUUGGCUCAUUUGUGGAGAAACCCGUUCUGCCGUUCAUCAAGAUAACCCGCGAAGAGCUGGCCAAUCCCUGCAGGAGUGUUGAUAUAGAAUGUCUUCCCACAUUUGGAUACAGACACCUCCUGUCGUUAACUAGCAGCACUGACAGGUUUAAUGAGAUCAUCUCCAAGCAGCAGAUAUCGGCGAACAUUGACAUUCCCGAGUGUGGUUUUGAUGCCAUCAUGCAGGCCGCGGUCUGUGGGGAUAAGAUUGGCUGGCGAAACGACUCCAUGAAGCUGCUGGUGUUCGUGAGCGAUGCUGAUUCUCAUUUUGGGAUGGACAGUAAAAUGUCCGGCAUCGUUGUGCCAAAUGACGGAGAAUGUCACCUGGACAGCAAUAAUGAGUAUUCCAUGGCUGCCCACCUGGAGUAUCCAACUUUGGGCCAGCUUGUUGACAAACUGGUUGAAAACAAUAUUCUCCUCAUAUUCGCUGUGACUAAAGAUCAGAAACAAAACUAUGAGAAUUAUGCAAGUCUGAUUCCUGGUGCUACUGUGGGGGUCCUGGCAUCCGAUUCCAGGAACAUUCUGGAGCUCAUCAUGACCUCAUAUAAGGAACUGAGAUCAGAGAUUGACCUGGAGGUUUUGGGCAACACCGAGGGUCUGCAGAUGUCCUUCACAGCUCUCUGUCAGGACGGGACCAUCACACCCGGACAUAAAAACUGCACCAAUGUCAAAGCUGGUGAAGUGGUAUCUUUUAACGUUACGGUGGAGAUAAAAGGCUGUCUUGGUGGUCCUCGGCGGUUUUCUUUGCGGCCGGUGGGUUUCCAAGAUGCCCUAGAGAUCGAACUGGAGUCUCAGUGUGUGUGUAGCUGCCAUCAGACACCCGAAACCAACAGCAGCUUCUGCAGCCGAGGCCGCGGGGCGCUGGAGUGUGGAGAGUGUGUGUGUGAUCCGGGUUUCGUGGGGCCGAAGUGUGAGUGUACAGAGAGCCAGGAUCAGGUCAGCGACUGCAGGACUCAUGAAGGUGCGGAGGUUUGCAGCGGGCAGGGCGAGUGUUUCUGUGGACAGUGUGUGUGUCUGCCGUCCAGUUUCGGCCGUGUGUACGGGCCGUACUGUGAAUGUGACGACUUCUCAUGCCUGCGCUUCAGAGGAGAGCUGUGCGGAGGUCAUGGGGAGUGUGACUGUGGCGAGUGUGUGUGUGACAGCGGCUGGAUGGGUGAGUUCUGUAACUGCAGCACCAGUAACCGGUCAUGUGUGUCCUCGGAUGGCUCAGUUUGCAGUGGACGGGGCAGGUGUGUGUGUGGGACGUGUGAAUGCAGUGUUCCUGGAGCCUCGGGCAAACACUGUGAAAGAUGCCCGACGUGUGGAGACAUCUGCAGCAUACACAGGUCUUGUGCUGAGUCUUUCCUAAAAGCUAAAGAGCCGUCAGAUGAGUGUGCUGUAAAGUGCAACUCUCUACACACCACCGUCAGCAAUUCAACAGAUUUUGAGGAGAGCCGGGCUGCAUUGUGCACCUUACAGAGUGAGGAGAGUUGCCUGCUGUCUUUCAGCUUGGUGGCCAGCGAUCACGGCAGCAUCAUUUACAACCCCAAGCUUUACGACUGCCCAGAACCACCAAACGCACCACUGAUCGCUCUGGGUGUGUGCACGUCUGUCCUCUUCAUCGGCAUUACACUCCUUGUGAUCUGGAAGUUUCUUGUUUCUGUUCAUGACCGGAAAGAGGUUGCCAAGUUUGAAGCAGAAAAGGCAAAAGCCAAAUGGCAGUCGGGCACGAAUCCUCUUUUCAGGAGCUCGACGUCAACGUUUAAAAAUGUGACCUACAAAAGCACAGGGCAACAGAAGAGUGAUAUUUCUUUGGGCCACUGACCAACUUUGUGUGUUAAAACACAGAAUGUAGGCUUCUAUUACUAGGAGCGGAGACUGUUUUCUUUUAUUAUUUAAAUGAAUUUUCUUGUACUGUACAAGCAGGACACUGUGUGUAUGUGUGUGUUUGUAUUUGUGUGCUUGUAAGGUGGCAGUGAAUUUAUUUUUUAAAAUGUGCAUCAUUUUAAAAGUUGUGUUGUGCUGCUAAAAGUGCUACAGGUUCUGUUUAAUAAGGGCGACACUGGAUUUUCUUGUUUUACAUUUCUUGUAUUUCUUGUGGUUUUUUUAGUUACAUGUUAUGUAGUCAUUUGUGACACAUGUUUGUAAUUGAUUAGUUAAGGCUGAGCCUAAUUGAGAUUUUGCUGGAUCAAAUGUAAAAAAAAAAAAGUAUUUGUUUUGUAAUAUAUUUUAUGGUUUUUCA